ACAGUUAUGUCUGAUUUAACAAACAAGUACGGGUGUGGCGUAUUUAACGCUGUUUUUGGUCGAAGGUCAAGACGAUCAGCGUCCACAGGUUCCCUACCUGUGGACAUUGAUGUGGCCGACUUCGUUAAAACUACAAGCAGCCAGAAGUCUGAUUCAAGUAGACGAAAAGGCUCAUAUGGCGCAUCGUUUGAUUACUCGUCUAGCACGGAACAGUCUCAGAAAAGGGCGCCUUCACAAAAUCAAAAAAAGAAAGACACACCACCAUUGUAUGUUCAGCCUCAACAACAAGAAGUUAGACAAAGUGAUCAAAAACCCUUUCAAAACAAGGUCCUCAAAGGGUCAACUGGGAUAUCAGGAGAACUUGAAGCCAUAAUUAAUGAUAAUCAGAGGUUAAAUUAUGCUGGUAACAUGAAGGUGUAUGGCAAUCUUGGUAAUUUACAUCCAAAAAAGGACAAUGAAGUCUUGUCAAAUGGAAUGGGGAACAUAUGUAGCAAAGCAAGCAAAGUGUCUAGGAAACCAGUAAAUCCAACUUCUUACUGUAGAGCUCUUUCUACACGAAUGGAUCCAGAGCGGUUGAAGAUCUUGGGUAACGAAGAUUAUAAAAAUGAGAGAUUUGCUGAGGCUUUGGCACUCUAUGAUGCUGCGAUUUCCAUUGAUCCCGAGAAGGCAUCAUACAGAAGCAACAAAAGCGCGGCGUUAACCAGUUUGGGGAGGCUUUUAGAAGCGGUAUUUGAAGCCAAAGAAGCAAUCAGAAUAGAACCAUUCUAUCAAAGAGCUCACAACCGUUUAGCCACAUUAUAUCUCAGAUUAGGAGAUGCGGACAAAACAAUGCGUCAUUACAAACAGGCUGGGUCAGAAGCAGAACCUAACCUGAUCACAAAAGCCCAAAAUGUUCAGGUACAUCUUAGCAGGUGUAAUGAGGCAAAGAAGCAAAGAGACUGGAACACAUUGUUAAAAGAGACCGGUCUAGCCAUAUCAGCUGGUGCAGAUUCUGCACUACAGAUGUAUACCUUGAAAGUCGAGGGGUUGUUGAAGUUGCGUAGGCAUCACGAAGCAGACCAAGUAUUAAGCAAUGCACCAAAGUUUGAAAUAGAUGACUGCACCAAGUUUUUUGGUCCGAUCAUCCACGCUAAUAUGCUUCUUAUACAGGCUCAAGUUGAUCUGGCAGCGGGCAGGAUGGAUGAUGCAAUGGAGACGGUUCUAAUGGCAGCAAGAAUGGACUCAAACAAUAAAGAUGUAAAUAUGAUGGUGCGUAAACUAAGGGCGGUGAUGGGUGCUAGAUCCAAGGGUAAUGAGUUGUUCAAGGCUGCCAUAUACUCUGAGGCAUGCAUUGCUUAUGGGGAGGGACUUGACCACGACCCCUACAACUCUUUGUUGUUUUGCAACCGCGCUGCUUGUCGAAGCAAGCUUGGGCAGUUUGAGAAAGCCAUCGAAGACUGCACCAUGGCCUUGAAUAUCCGUCCCUCUUAUAGCAAAGCAAGACUACGAAGAGCAGACUGCAAUGCUAAGUUGGGAAAAUGGCAAGCAUCCAUAGAUGAUUAUGAGGUUUUAAGAAGAGAAGCACCAGAAGAUGAACAAGUGAGCAAUGCGUUGACACAUGCUAAAGAACAGUUACUAAUGGUGAUCAAAGUGAAUGCAUAAGAAUCCUCACCCAUGUAAAACCAUAUGAACAAUUUUUUUUUUCACUGGGAUUAUUUAUAUUUUCUGGUCCAGAUUUUUAUGAGGUUUGGGCCGUCAAAGUUCGUUUUUACCUGAUGGGAAUUGGGAUUGUGUUUCCGUUGGGCUUUAUUAAAGAAAAACCCGAUACAAAAGAGAAGAGACAGAAAAAUAUGUUCCAGGUGAUGUUCGAACAUUAAUAUUUGGAUCAAGGGAAAAAAGUUAACUACUCAA